AUGCCAAAAACGGUACAAAGAAUCGCAGGAGGUCAAGUCAAAUUGGCCCAAGAAGAGGCCUGUGAGCAGGCAGAUAGCAUGCCCAGAGGAAAUUGGACAGGAUCUGGCCAUGAAUGGUGGUGGGAGGAGUGGGCCAAGACCAUGUCAAGUCUCGAACAAAGACCAAUACAUGCGUGGGAAGUUAGAGAGAUGGUGGAAAACCUAAAAGACGGUGAAUGCUUGAGAAUUGCGGCACCACAAAGGGAACAGGCCGACAAGCAGGCAGAUAGCAGGCCCACAGAGAAUUGGACAGGACAUGACCGUGAUUGGUGGUUUGAGGGUUGGCCAAAGAGCUGGUUAGAACCUGAACAAAGUUCUAACCAGCUAUUUGAGGAUUGGCCAGAGAGCUGGUUAGAACCUGAACAAAGUUCUAACCAGCUCGAGGGAAGGAAAGAAAUGGGGGUGGCCAAAGACCCAAAAGACAGAGAAGGAAUCAGGACUGAGGCACCACUGAUUCCUUGCAAAGGAAGGAAAAAGCCCCCCCAGCCCCUAGUCACUGAGGAGGGGAUUGCACAAGCCCCUCAGCCCCUGGAAGCUCAGCCCCUGGAAGCUCAGCCCCUGGAGGUGAUUAAAUCAGAUCCUGAGCCUCUGCUAGAAAAAGAGGUGAUGGUACAUGGAGCUACCCAGACCUCACCAAUGGAGGAAGUGACUGAACACAGUCCUCUGGUAGAAAAGGUGGUGGUUCAUCCAGCUACCCAGACCUCACCAAUGGAGGAAGUGAUUGAACGCGCUCCUCUGCGAAUUUAUGGAGCAACACCCGAGCUAGAGGAGAUCUCUGGAGCAACACCCGAGAUGGAGGAGAUCUCUGAAGCAACACCCGAGAUGGAGGAGAUCUCUGGAGCAACACCAGAGAUGGAGGAGAUCUCUGAAGCAACACCCGAGAUGGAGGAGAUCUCUGGAGCAACACCCGAGAUGGAGGAGAUCUCUGGAGCAACACCUGAGCUGGAGGAGAUCUCUGAAACAAAACCCGAGAUGGAGGAGAUCUCUGGAGCAUCACCUGAGAUGGAGGAGAUCUCUGAAGCAACACCCGAGAUGGAGGAGAUCUCUGAGGCAUCACACGAGAUGGAGGAGAUCUCUGGAGCAACACCAGAGAUGGAGGAGAUCUCUGGAGCAACACCUGAGAUGGAGGAGAUCUCUGGAGCAACACCAGAGCUGGAGGAGAUCUCUGAAGCAACACCCGAGAUGGAGGAGAUCUCUGGAGCAACACCCGAGAUGGAGGAGAUCUCUGAAGCAUCACACGAGAUGGAGGAGAUCUCUGAAGCAUCACACGAGAUGGAGGAGAUCUCUGGAGCAUCACACGAGAUGGAGGAGAUCUCUGGAGCAUCACACGAGAUGGAGGAGAUCUCUGAAGCAUCACUCGAGAUGGAGGAGAUCUCUGAAGCAUCACACGAGAUGGAGGAGAUCUCUGAAGCAUCACUCGAGAUGGAGGAGAUCUCUGAAGCAUCACACGAGAUGGAGGAGAUCUCUGGAGCAACACCCGAGCUGGAGGAGAUCUCUGAAGCAUCACUCGAGAUGGAGGAGAUCUCUGAAGCAUCACUCGAGAUGGAGGAGAUCUCUGAAGCAUCACUCGAGAUGGAGGAGAUCUCUGGUGCAACACCCGAGAUGGAGGAGAUCUCUGAAGCAUCACCCGAGAUGGAGGAGAUCUCUGAAGCAUCACCCGAGAUGGAGGAGAUCUCUGGAGCAACACCCGAGAUGGAGGAGAUCUCUGGUGCAUCACCCGAGAUGGAGGAGAUCUCUGGAGCAACACCCGAGACCACUGAGGAAACACUUCAGAUGAAGGUCUCCUGGUGGAGGAGAUUUAAAAAGGCAUUGACUCCUAAACAUCGGCGCCAGUACAAGCAGCGGAGGUCGAAACAGGAGAUGAAAACUACAACCUCACCCUAAAACACACACACACACACACACACACACACACACACACACACACACACACACACACACACACACACACACACACACACACACACACACACACACAGGCCAACACUGCUUUCUGUCUGUCAGGACUUAACAUGUUUCUCUAUGUCUGUGUGGUUUUUCACAGAUGGAAGAAGUUCCUUAACUUUUUCAUUUGUGGGGCAUUCAGAAAUAUUGAAGAAGAUGAAGCAUAAAGUGAUUGAUUAAACCCACAUUCCCCACCCACACACACAGUUACACACACACACACACACACACAUUCACACACAUUCACACACACACACACACACACACACACACACACACACACACACGCCAAUGCACCCGUAAAUACACAAAGAGAAUGGACAUGAGACUGAGUUGUCCCAAACAACCAGCUGGGUGAAUGCACACACACACACACACACUCACACACACACACGCCAAUGCACCCGCAAAUACACAAAGAGAAUGGACAUGAGGCUGAGUUGUCCCAAACAACCAGCAUAGGGUGAAUGUUUAAACUCACACCCACCCACACUAAGACCCAUGUCCACCUAAGUCCCAAACAACAACAACAACGACAAAAAUUUCAUGAUGAAAUUAGAGAGAUAAAAAAAAAUAAAAUUUAAAAAAUUAACGGCAAUCAAAAAUUUCCUCAUUUGUGUUUAUCUCAUUAGUUGUUUAUGUGAAUACUGUGCUCGUUGCAUUUAUGCCAUCAGUUUAAGCAUAGAAGGUUAAAUACUCCUGGGAAAGAGGUUCUGUUCCUAGUAUCAUGAUGAACACUCCUGAUAUAAAGGUUUUAGCUUAUGCUUGAAUAUUAUGAUGAUUUUUUGUUGUUUACGCAUAACUUAUGCUCCCUAGCAAAUUUUCUGUGGUAAAGCUGCUGAAAUAUUGUUUGUGAAAGUAUAAAAGAUACAAAAAUGGAAAGAGAAAUGAGGUACCACAAGUGUAAAACUUCGAAAACAUCAAAUCUAAGGGUUGCUUCUAUACAUCUGCUGUUUCUGCCAAAAUACUGUGGUUUUUCGUAUAUUGUUGAAGCUGUUAAAGACUUGUUGACAGGGUAGAGGUCUUCCACUAAUUUGAGGGGUCCCCUCUAUCAGGGAUAGAGGGGACCUUACCUGAAACAUGUGAGAUGAUCACAAUGUGCUCUCCUCUUGUGUCCGCCUCAUCAUAAAUGCCUCGUAUUCUGUGUUGUGGUUUAACUUAAGGUGUUUUACGAAGUUUAUUUUGUCACUACAACUCCUUGUUGUUGUUUCACAAACAUCACAAACCAUAUCGGGGCUGUUUGUGAAGCUGGAAUAGCUCCACACAUGACUAUUUAAGCUCUGCCACAAUGUUGAGUGAUGGGCUAACUGAGGAGCAUGCCGCUGCUUUAACACAUUAAGACAUUUAGACAAGAUCUUAACAGUUAAGUUACUUUCCACUGUGUUCCUGUUAAUUAUAUAUGUUACCCUAAAUGACUUGACAAUCGAUUUUAGAGCAUUAAAAUCUGGUAUCAGAGGAAUCAAUACUUAAGUAUCGAUCCGCCCGUCACUAGGUACAGCAGAUCUUAAUGUUUCAUGUGAACUUCUAUGUUUGAGGCUGACGGUAACCAGAUCCUUUAGCACACACAAUGUUCAAUAAAGUUAAAAAAAAAAAAAAAGGUAUUCAAACUAAAUUGAAUAUUUUAAAAAAGGCAAUGAUGUCACAGAGGCUUUGAUGACAUCACAGAUCAUCAAAGAGGCUUUGAUGAUGAUGUCAUCAACUGUCAAGUGUUCGAAGUUAAACUUAGCAAGUGGUGUACUGUUUCUGAGCUGUUGGUUCACUGGCAGGUAAAAACAACUUAAAAACAUUUACUUCUUUUUUUAACACAAACACAGUGUCGAUGCCAAAAACGGUACAAAGAAUCGCAGGAGGUCAAGUCAAAUUGGCCCAAGAAGAGGCCUGUGAGCAGGCAGAUAGCAUGCCCAGAGGAAAUUGGACAGGAUCUGGCCAUGAAUGGUGGUGGGAGGAGUGGGCCAAGACCAUGUCAAGUCUCGAACAAAGACCAAUACAUGCGUGGGAAGUUAGAGAGAUGGUGGAAAACCUAAAAGACGGUGAAUGCUUGAGAAUUGCGGCACCACAAAGGGAACAGGCCGACAAGCAGGCAGAUAGCAGGCCCACAGAGAAUUGGACAGGACAUGACCGUGAUUGGUGGUUUGAGGGUUGGCCAAAGAGCUGGUUAGAACCUGAACAAAGUUCUAACCAGCUAUUUGAGGAUUGGCCAGAGAGCUGGUUAGAACCUGAACAAAGUUCUAACCAGCUCGAGGGAAGGAAAGAAAUGGGGGUGGCCAAAGACCCAAAAGACAGAGAAGGAAUCAGGACUGAGGCACAACUGAUUCCUUGCAAAGGAAGGAAAAAGCCCCCCAGCCCCUAGUCACUGAGGAGGGGAUUGCACAAGCCCCUCAGCCCCUGGAAGCUCAGCCCCUGGAAGCUCAGCCCCUGGAGGUGAUUAAAUCAGAUCCUGAGCCUCUGCUAGAAAAAGAGGUGAUGGUACAUGGAGCUACCCAGACCUCACCAAUGGAGGAAGUGACUGAACACAGUCCUCUGGUAGAAAAGGUGGUGGUUCAUCCAGCUACCCAGACCUCACCAAUGGAGGAAGUGAUUGAACGCGCUCCUCUGCGAAUUUAUGGAGCAACACCCGAGCUAGAGGAGAUCUCUGGAGCAACACCCGAGAUGGAGGAGAUCUCUGAAGCAACACCCGAGAUGGAGGAGAUCUCUGGAGCAACACCAGAGAUGGAGGAGAUCUCUGAAGCAACACCCGAGAUGGAGGAGAUCUCUGGAGCAACACCCGAGAUGGAGGAGAUCUCUGGAGCAACACCUGAGCUGGAGGAGAUCUCUGAAACAAAACCCGAGAUGGAGGAGAUCUCUGGAGCAUCACCUGAGAUGGAGGAGAUCUCUGAAGCAACACCCGAGAUGGAGGAGAUCUCUGAGGCAUCACACGAGAUGGAGGAGAUCUCUGGAGCAACACCAGAGAUGGAGGAGAUCUCUGGAGCAACACCUGAGAUGGAGGAGAUCUCUGGAGCAACACCAGAGCUGGAGGAGAUCUCUGAAGCAACACCCGAGAUGGAGGAGAUCUCUGGAGCAACACCCGAGAUGGAGGAGAUCUCUGGAGCAACACCCGAGCUGGAGGAGAUCUCUGAAACAAAACCCGAGAUGGAGGAGAUCUCUGAAGCAACACCCGAGAUGGAGGAGAUCUCUGGAGCAUCACCUGAGAUGGAGGAGAUCUCUGAAGCAUCACACGAGAUGGAGGAGAUCUCUGGAGCAACACCCGAGAUGGAGGAGAUCUCUGAAGCAACACCCGAGAUGGAGGAGAUCUCUGAAGCAUCACACGAGAUGGAGGAGAUCUCUGGAGCAUCACCCGAGAUGGAGGAGAUCUCUGAAGCAACACCCGAGAUGGAGGAGAUCUCUGAAGCAUCACACGAGAUGGAGGAGAUCUCUGGAGCAAUACCCGAGAUGGAGGAGAUCUCUGAAGCAUCACUCGAGAUGGAGGAGAUCUCUGAAGCAACACACGAGAUGGAGGAGAUCUCUGAAGCAACACCCGAGAUGGAGGAGAUCUCUGAAGCAUCACACGAGAUGGAGGAGAUCUCUGGAGCAAUACCCGAGAUGGAGGAGAUCUCUGAAGCAUCACUCGAGAUGGAGGAGAUCUCUGAAGCAUCACACGAGAUGGAGGAGAUCUCUGGAGCAACACCCGAGAUGGAGGAGAUCUCUGAAGCAUCACCCGAGAUGGAGGAGAUCUCUGGAGCAACACCCGAGAUGGAGGAGAUCUCUGGAGCAACACCCGAGAUGGAGGAGAUCUCUGGAGCAUCACCCGAGAUGGAGGAGAUCUCUGAAGCAACACCCGAGAUGGAGGAGAUCUCUGAAGCAUCACCCGAGAUGGAGGAGAUCUCUGAAGCAUCACACGAGAUGGAGGAGAUCUCUGAAGCAUCACACGAGAUGGAGGAGAUCUCUGGAGCAAUACCUGAGAUGGAGGAGAUCUCUGGAGCAUCACCCGAGAUGGAGGAGAUCUCUGAAGCAUCACCCGAGAUGGAGGAGAUCUCUGAAGCAACACCCGAGAUGGAAGAGAUCUCUGGAGCAACACCCAAGAUGGAGGAGAUCUCUGGAGCAACACCCGAGAUGGAGGAGAUCUCUGGAGCAUCACACGAGAUGGAGGAGAUCUCUGAAGCAUCACUCGAGAUGGAGGAGAUCUCUGAAGCAACACUCGAGAUGGAGGAGAUCUCUGGAGCAUCACACGAGAUGGAGGAGAUCUCUGAAGCAUCACACGAGAUGGAGGAGAUCUCUGAAGCAUCACACGAGAUGGAGGAGAUCUCUGAAGCAUCACACGAGAUGGAGGAGAUCUCUGAAGCAUCACACGAGAUGGAGGAGAUCUCUGAAGCAUCACUCGAGAUGGAGGAGAUCUCUGAAGCAUCACACGAGAUGGAGGAGAUCUCUGGAGCAUCACACGAGAUGGAGGAGAUCUCUGAAGCAUCACUCGAGAUGGAGGAGAUCUCUGGUGCAACACCCGAGAUGGAGGAGAUCUCUGAAGCAUCACCCGAGAUGGAGGAGAUCUCUGGAGCAACACCCGAGAUGGAGGAGAUCUCUGAAGCAUCACCCGAGAUGGAGGAGAUCUCUGGAGCAUCACUUGAGAUGGAGGAGAUCUCUGGUGCAUCACCCGAGAUGGAGGAGAUCUCUGGAGCAACACCCGAGAUGGAGGAGAUCUCUGGAGCAACACCCGAGACCACUGAGGAAACACUUCAGAUGAAGGUCUCCUGGUGGAGGAGAUUUAAAAAGGCAUUGACUCCUAAACAUCGGCGCCAGUACAAGCAGCGGAGGUCGAAACAGGAGAUGAAAACUACAACCUCACCCUAA